AAGAAGCAAGAAAAAGGAAGAUGGCGCCGAAAACUAAGAAGGAAGCCCCUGCCCCUCCCAAAGCCGAAGCCAAAGCAAAGGCUUUGAAAGCCAAGAAAGCGGUGCUGAAAGGCGUCCACAGUCACAAAAAAAAGAAGAUCCGCACAUCAUCUACGUUCCGAGGACCCAAGACUCUGCGUCUCCGAAGGCAACCCAAAUACCCUCGAAAGAGCGCCCCCAGGAGAAACAAGCUUGACCACUAUGCCAUCAUCAAGUUCUCCCUGACUACUGAGUCAGCCAGGAAGAAAAUAGAAGACAACAACACACUUGUGUUCAUUGUGGAUGUCAAGGCCAACAAGCACCAGAUCAAACAGGCUGUGAAGAAGCUCUAUGACAUGGAUGUAGCCAAGGUCAACACCUUAAUCAGGCCUGAUGGAGAGAAGAAGGCAUACGUUCGGCUGGCCCCUGACUAUGAUGCUUUGGAUGUUGCCAACAAAAUUGGGAUCAUCUAAAUUGAGUCCAGCUGGCUAAAUCUAAAUACAGUUUUUUCAUGAUAAAAAAAAAAAAAAAAGCAAGAAAAAUCUCAAACAACAUAACCUUACACUUGAAGGAGCUAGAAAAAGAACAAACAACCUAAAACCAGCAGAAAUAAUGAAAAAAAUAAAGAGCAGAGAAGAAGUAAAC